ACUGAUUGUGAUGUUCGAACGGAUACUAUUGAGUCCAUUACGUCUCAAUCCCCGGCUACACGCAAUACCUUCCAGCGCCCCCAACCGCCGUUCAUGGAGUUUCUCGAGGGAGCAUGUAUGCCCGCGUUACUAGAUAGCUUAUCGUCGCCGCGAGAUGAGAAGGAUCAUAGCUCUCAUCAGUUCUUGAUCUACGAAGACCCAGGGGACCUGGAUAUCGACGGCGUGGGCUUUUUCGAAACAGGCUGGUAUCUCUCACCGGAAGACGAUAAGGAAAAUAUAGAAGAAAGAGAUCAGCAGCAACAUCAGCAUUCACGCGAGCGCGAGCACGAGCACGAACACGAACAGGCCAACGAACGCAACCAAGAUCCCAACUACGACUUCUCAUUCGAUGACCGAGAUUCCUAUCACCACGCUCCAACCACUGAACAGCACAGUGAUCAUAACACCACGACAACCCACAAUCAAACCCCGAUAGGGCCCACAGGGUACGAAAGACGACAUUCCCAGAGAAGCCCCAUCACACCCUCAGCCCAUCCAAGAGAAGUCGAAUUCAGUGACCGCGGCAGCAGAGACGGCGCCCAAUACUUCUCAUUCCUCCUGAGCGAAACUCCUCAACCUAUAACGACUAGAAUAGAUACCUUGGGACCCGAAUAUACACUGCCCUCUCCUACUUCACUCAGCGCUACAGAGGUCUCAUUGCGUGCUCUUCUUCCCAGUCAGACAGCGGAAGGCGAUAGUCCGACACAGCCAGAGAGCAAUACGCGGUCUCUCCCUCGCCGUCAUCGUAGGGUAAAUCGGUUUUGUUGUUAGGCGCAUAUUGUAUGUGUAUUUCCUCAGCUAAAUGCUAGAAGGACUAGUGAUUAAAUUCAAAGUUUUGUCGCUUCAAUAUGGGGCUCGUGGGUAGUUGGGUAGAUGGCCUUCCUAACCAAGUCAAGAGGACCAGAUCUUGGCGUUG